UGACGCGCAUUCUGGAAAAUGGAGAGAAAACACAUGUCAGCUUUUGCUUUGUAUCAAACGCUGUCAACAGACGUUCCUGCUGCUACGACGCCUUCUCGGCAGGUGGCAGAUAAGAAGAAAAGGAAAAAGGAGAAUGGGGCCAAUAAGGUCCACACAGUAAAAGCUCAAUUAAAGCCUGAAAGGAAGAAAAUGCGAAAGAAGGUCCUUAAGUCUCCACAAAGAGAGGAGAGCCUUAAGGGAAUUAAAAAAGACGAGGAGAGCGUAAAUGGAGAUGGUGAGGCUCUGGAUGCUUUGCUGGCCGACCUGGGAAAAGUCAACAACAGCAGGGAGAGAGCCAGCAAGCUGUUCCAGUGGCUCAUCAACCCCAUUCCUGCCAAGGCCUUCUUCAGAGAAACAUGGGAAAAGAAGCCCAUUCUUGUUCAACGUAAGAAUUCAGAUUAUUACAAGGGACUGUUCUCCACAGCAGAGUUUGAUCGCAUAUUAAGACAGGAGGAUGUUCAGUAUGGAGUGAACCUGGACGUCACGAGCUACAGUAAUGGUAGAAGGGAGACACACAAUCCUGCGGGGAGAGCUCUGCCGUUCACUGUGUGGGACUUCUAUGGGAACGGCUGCUCCCUCCGCAUGCUGAAUCCCCAGGCUUUCUCCUCCACCGUGUGGAAUGUGCUGUCCAUCCUCCAAGAGCAGUUUGGCAGCAUGGCAGGAGCCAACUUAUAUCUGACACCACCUGGAACACAAGGCUUUGCUCCACAUUACGACGACAUCGAGGCGUUUGUGGUUCAGCUGGAGGGGAAGAAACACUGGAGAGUGUACAACCCCAGGACAGAAGAUGAGGUCUUACCUGCGCUUUCAAGUGGAAACUUCAAUCAGAAAGACAUCGGGAAGCCGAUCCUGGAAGUGGUGCUGGAAGCCGGAGACCUCCUUUACUUUCCCCGGGGAUUCAUCCACCAGGGCAACUGCCUCCCAGAUGCUCACUCGCUCCACGUUACCAUCUCCUCCUACCAGAAGAACAGCUGGGGGGAUCUGCUACAGAAGGUGGCUCCAGCAGCAUUGGAAAUAGCAAUGGAGGAGGAUGUGGAGUUUAGACAGGGCUUACCUUUGGAUUACCUGACGUACAUGGGAGUACAGAACUCUGACAAGGAUGACCCACGCAGGACAAAAUUCUUUUCCCGAAUUGAGUGUCUGAUGAAGAAGCUAGCAACUUACUCCCCGGUCGAUGCUGCCGUGGAUCAGAAAGCCAGAGCCUUCCUCCAUGACUGCCUCCCUCCCAUGCUCACACCAGAGGAAUUGUCCAGCAGUGUGCAAGGAGCAUCUGCUCGGUGGGAGUGUGGGCAGGUCAUGGAUGUAGGUGCGAAAAUCACUACCCAGACCAAAGUCAGAGUUCUCCGUGCUGGAUGUGCCAGGUUAUGCAGUGAUGGAGAAGCUGUUAAUCUUUACUACACAACAGAAAACUCCAGAGUUUACCACAAAGAGGAGCUCAAGAGUUUCGAAAUAAAAGCAGAGCACACAGAUGCCAUUGAGUUUCUGAUCCAUUCGUAUCCCAAAUUUGUGACCGUAGGAAGUUUCCCAUGUGGUUCUGCAGAGGACAGGAUCACUUUGGCUGACUUGCUCUUUGAGAGGGGGAUUAUCCACACUGCAGAACCUCUGUAGUGGCCACAGAUUCUUCAGUUAUGCUGACUGCAUGAAUAGAUUGCCUCCGUACAAUUUAAUGCAAAACCACUU